UAGGUGGUAUCUGGUGGUAUACCUAAGUAAGCAUCAAAAAUAGUGCUGUACCUGCUGGGAGGUACCUACCGGUCUCUCUCUGUAGCCCUGCACGUUGGACUAGGCUAUCCCUCUUCGGAAAACAAGAGUGGACCCGCGAGACCUUUAGUUUUGGCCCCGACACAAGACAUGGACCUUGGAUCAUUCAGGGCUCAUCAACUCCCGUCUCUCUCAUUAUUCCUUGUCUUCAACAUCUCAAAAUCGAAUUUCUAUCGGCUGGCACGCAUUGCCAGUCCUCGCCCUAGGGUCCCCGUCGCUCUUUCGCUCAAAAGUCCAAGGCUUAUGUAUAUUGCGUGCUCCGACCGCGUCUGCUGUUGUUUCCCACUAUGAAGGAGUAUUUAGACUCGAACCGGGUCAAUUUCUUGAUUUGGAGAGCUUGUGCAGAUUAUCGAGAGACAGCCGUGAAAUUUCAGAAAGAGUGGCACGUUCAAGAACCCCAUCGGCAACUAGAAUUUGCGCCGUAUGUCAAGAGCCAUGCGCUAGUCAAUGUUUUAAACAAAGGUCUGCUGUAUCACUCGCUAGAGAGGGAGCAUGCACAGAUAACCAAGGUACCUGGUGAUGCAGCAGCGCAGGCGGCAGUGGCCGAGGCGAUGCAGCUAGGGGUUUUUGGUCCACUGGAUGCGCACCCACCGCCUCAUCAGCAGAAACCGGAUGAAAGCGAUGAUGAUGCAGACGCCGAGCCUGAUCUGGACAUACAGCCUACGCCAGCGCCAGUUUCCACGGCACCGCUACCGACGGCUUCAUCUGGAGUCGACGUGGAAAAUUCCCGGAAACGCCAGGGCGAAAAACAACAGUCUUCUCUCGCAAAUGGUUCCCCGGCCAAGCGACCGCGACUGAGUAAUGGGUACGAACAUGGAGUGGAUACAGCCACAACCCCCAUGGAAUUGGACGGCCAGGACCACCAGGGCGACAACCAUGCUUACCCGUCCCCACUCGAGGGUGAACAGGCGCCAACGCCUCUCCCUCGCACCGAUGGCCCUGAACAAGGCACUCAGGUCGACAAAGUCGAAGAGCUGGCCUGCGAAACUACGUUCAUCCCCCUCGGUUCGGGUCUCGACGAUGCACCCGGCGCCCUAUCCAGGGUCAACAGUGACGGUGCACCAGUGCUACUGCACUGCCAAUGGCACCCGCGAGAUCCCUCCCUCUUGGCGGCUGCUGGAACCGAUGCGCUAGCCCGCAUCUGGAAUAUCUCGCGUGGGGCAGCAGCCGAUCCUGCAUCUGAAGAUCACGUGAAUGGCAUCAGAGGUCCAGAUUUCCAUGAUCUGGUCGAGGAUGAUAUACCGCGCAAGUCUACUGCCACUGCUAUGGCCUGGAAUUGGGAUGGAAGUGCCAUUGCUAUCGCCACCGACUCGGAUUCAAAAGCUAGGCUCACACUCUGGACCCCUGAUGGCAGCCACAUUCAUCAUCUCGAAGUCUCUGAGCCGCCUAUCAUCAAGCUUCGUUGGAGUCCUCAAAACACCGCAAUUCUGGCAAUAGCACCUGAUAGAGGAGGGACACUUAUUACCGUUUACCAUUCGCAUACUCUAAACUCAUUGACAUACUUUCUCCCGAACCACGAUUUAACCGCCGAGCCACUUGAUGCGGCGUGGACAAGCGACACUGAAUUCCUCUUGUGUGGUGGGGAUUUACUAGUGCUGUUGAGAUACUCAGAAAAGGAAAUAUCUGAUGUGCAAAGAUUUGAAACAAGAGAAGGCGAUUCACUAUCACAGGUUCAAUAUGAUCCGCGUUGUUCCUUAGCUGCUACGUGUGGAGAGAAGGGUGUUGUUGAUAUCUGGGAUAGCUCUGGAAAGCGACGUUCGAUACAAGCCCAUUGCGAUGCCGUAACUGCGCUAGCUUUCCAACCAGAGCAGUCACCCGGCGCUGAAAACGAAAGGCUCCUAGCAUCUGGUGGUGAAGAUGGAGCUAUCUUCAUAUGGAAUGCACUUGCUCCUGAAGGUCCAGCGAAGUUCACCAUGACUAUGGGCCCUCCUAUCGUUGCUCUUGCAUUCACCCCGGACGGAGCAUUUCUCGCUGGAGCCACGAGUGAACGGAUACUCAUUUGGAAGGUUGAUGAUCAUAGUAUUCCGCGCGCGAGUUGGAGUCGCCUCCCCCAUCCCGGCUGGUUGAGUCCGCGGAUGAACCCUGAGUCGGAUGAAGAGGAUGAACAUUGCUUGGGGUGGGAUUCUACUGGCCACAAAUUGGCAUUUGGUGUGAAUAGUCGACUUGCUAUCAUCAACUUCCGAUAAUGAAACUUGAGUAGUACGACAUUCGAUUAUUUUCACAACUAUCUAGACGUGCAUAUUCAGUAAGCUCAGCAGGUCGCUUUUGUAUGAGCCAUGCGGCUUGAAGAAACAUGGGUAGGAUCGGGGGCUUUAAGUAUUAAGCUAUUCUUAUCCGGCAGCCGGUAAAC